AUGCUCCCAUCUUCGUCGAAUCCAUUCCUAUUAAAUUCUGGUUCUUUAAUAAAUGGUUUUGAUCCCCAGACUCUUGACAUUCUCAAAAAUCAGUUCGCUCCCUCUGAGAACCUUACUGGGCACAUUUAUAAAGCGAACAAGUUGAAAAUGACCAAACAUACUCCUGUUUCGAAGAGUUUCGCUAAUGGUGGUGACAUGUCCCAAGAUUUUCGAUCAGGGAUUCAGUAUCUUCAAGCUCAACGCAAUGGUAACCAGCCCUACACAUGCAAAAAGAGAAAAGCCGAGGAGAAUUAUUCAAGCAACUGCAAGAUGCAAUUUCCACUGUUGCCCUCUAAUCCCGCUUUGGUGCCCAAUCUUCCAUUUAUCAACCAAAACUUUUUCAAUAAUAAUCGGCCUGUUACCUUUAUUCACCAGCAACCCUUUAACAAAAAUCAAGCUCGAAGUAAUGGCUAUCCGUCACAAACCACAAAUUAUGACAGUUUUCACCUCAAUCAGGGUGUUAAUGAUUCAUCCAGUUAUCCUACACUUCUAAGUCAAGUUUCUCUUAUGAAGAACCUUCCUGUUCCAAAUACAUCCAACAAAGUUGCGACGACAAAUUCGACCGCUAAAUCAUCUUCUCGUUCAGCUGGUAAUGAUGGCGAUUAUACGAUUGUUGUCGGAGAACAUCUCUAUUCAAGCAACGAUGCUUAUGAAGUUCUUUCGUUUCUCGGUCGAGGAACAUUCGGCCAAGUUGUCAAAUGUCGUAACAGGACGUCUAAUAGGAACGUAGCAAUCAAGAUCUUGAAAAAUCAUCCAUCCUACCUGCGACAGGGUAAUGUUGAGGUCCAGAUUCUUCAAACACUGAGCCAGCAUGAUACAGAGGCACACAAUAUUGUUCGAGCAAUUGAAUGCUUCCAGCACAGGAACCACAUGUGCUUGGUAUUUGAAUUACUUGAACAGAACCUCUAUGAAUUUCUAAAGUCAAACAAUUUCCGUCCACUUGAGUUGCGUGAAAUUCGUCCAAUUGCUCAACAAGUUCUCACUGCCCUUUUCAAACUCCGUAGUUUAAGUUUAAUCCACGCUGAUCUCAAACCGGAGAAUAUAAUGUUGGUUUGUCCUUCCGAUGGUGUUAUGCGCUAUAGAGUGAAAGUUAUCGAUUUCGGAUCCGCUUGUCACACCUCUAAGGCCAUGCAAAAUACCUAUCUCCAGUCGAGGUACUAUCGAGCCCCUGAAAUUCUUCUUGGUCUUCCUUUCAAUGAGGCGAUCGAUAUGUGGUCUCUAGGCUGUGUCAUCGCUGAACUCUUUCUUGGUUGGCCUCUCUACCCCGGUUCUUCUGAGUAUGAUCAGAUUCGUUACAUUGUGGAAACUCAAGGUUUGCCCUCUGUGGACUUGCUCAAAGUGGCAAAUAAGGCGAAUAGAUUCUUCCACUAUGACUCGCGCUUAGGACAAUGGCGUUUGAAGUCCCAAGAUGAAUACGCUUCAGAGACCAAUCAAAGAGCUAAGGAGACGAGAAAGUAUAUCUUCAAUUCCUUGGAGCAAAUUCGAGAUGUGACACUCAGCACUUCGACCUCGAUUUUGGGUCUUCUUGAUGAUUUUAACGCUAGGUUGGAGAGUAACGAUCGUGCCUACUUCACUGAUCUCCUUAGUAAGAUGCUUCAAAUCCGCUCCUCUGAUCGUAUCCUCCCAGAUAAAGCUUUGGAGCAUGAAUUCAUCUCUAUGAGCCACUUGAAGCCUUUCGUGUCCAUCUCGAAACGAGUUCGUGAUUCUUUCGAGUUGAUGUCAGUCUGUUAUCCAGCUUGCCGAAAUCAGCAAGCACUUCUUCCUGAACAGGCUGUGAUUGACCUUUUAGCUACUUCGCCCUAUUCAGGGCUUCCGCAAAAUGUUCAUCAAGCUGCAACGGUUUUCGCUCAGUCCAUUUUCGGUGGUGGAAGUUCGAAUGAAGGUUUCUUUAUGCACAACGACAUUAAGAUAUCUUCAUCACCUAUGUCAGCAGGUUAUCAAUCCAACCAACAAUCCCAAAUGAUUUCUCCACAAAAUAGCAUACUUAAUAGACUCUGUGACCAGCUCGUUUCAGCAUCAGCUGCUGCUGCUGCUGCUAAUACAGCACCCUAUGCCCCAUCAGCUGCUGCUUUUCCACAAGCACCAGCAGGAGCUUUGCACCAACAGGCCCUAUACAAUGCCCUUGUGGGCACGCUUAAUGGCGCACAAAGUGGACUGCUGUCAUUGCCUACUACUACUGGAGAUGCUACUACCAAUGGUGGCAGUAGUAAUUGCAAUAAUAUAACAAACGCUACAUCAGCUCUUCUGGCGAAGUGCCUGCUUUUGUCGAGUCAACAACAACAGCUUCAACAACAGGCUGCUCAGCAGAUGCAAUCUGCUUUGGAUUUCUCUAACCAACAAGCCAUGAACUCGCUGAUGUCUUUUUUGUCUAACAAUGUUCAUGAUCCAAGUGGUGGCGGUGAUAGAAGUGAUAUGCAACACAAUCAACAACAGCAACAACAACCAGUAGCGAUGGUACGUGGUUUGGGAGGUUUUGAUAAUAACCCCCUCUCUACAUUGUUUAUGCAAUCCAAUCCUGUCUCGACAUCAUCUUCAAGGCCUCUUCUCCACCAACAUCCGAUCGUCAAUCCUCAUCCGCUGCCGCCGCCGCCUCCACCGCCCCUUGUUACCAGUAAUCAUCAAGUAAAUGAUGUAGUCGCUGAUGCUCUGCGUGACUUAGUGAUGUAUGGUGGUGGUGGUGGUGGGAAUCGUGUUAACGACGCAAAUACUGCUAAUCAGAUGUUUAUGAAGAUGCUUCUUCAACAGCCUCAGCAGUUAAUCAAUCCUCCUCCUCCACUACCCCCGCCGCCGCCACCUACUUGUGGUGCUGUCUCUAAUUACCACAAUGGCAUACAGGAUUUUAAUCUUUCGCCUGAUCUAUUUUCGCUACUGGUUCGAGCGAAUGCAUCUCACUACUAUGCAAUGAAAUCCACCCCUGGCGAUCACACUUCAAACCUCAACCUCAACUCUUCAAAUCAGCAUUUUCAAUCUCAACAGCAGCCCAGUGGGGCAACACAGCUAUCGGUUUCUAGCAGCACAGUCGGUCAGCAAAAUCAACAGCAGUUAUUUCUGCCCGAGUCGAAUAUUGACGAGAGGUCUGCGCAGGUCAUUCCAUUGAAAUUAAUGACUUCAACGCCGAUUUCAUCCCUGUUUCGAGGUGAUAAAAUUGCUGCUGCUUCAACGUCCCUUCAGCAAAAUGAGGCACAAUUUUCAGCCGCUUCUUAUUCGGGGGAACGUUCAUGGCCCCCAGAGAAAGUGGGGGCCGUCAACGCAACGAGCGGUGUUGCUGAAACCCAAGAGCCAGCGCUUGGCAGUCGUGAGAGACCGAUAGAAUUGUUGGACACCUCAGGCGAAGAAGAUGAGGGCGAAGCGGCAACAGGAGAAUAUCGUCAUAGUCAUGUUAAUGAACUGGACAAAAGCGCUGAUGAAGCCGCUGUGACUUCCACCACAAGAGAUGCCUACAAUGAUGACGAUACUGAUAGUGACGUCAUCGGUGUCUACGAGGAGGUUGCGCCCAAAACCUCGCCUAAUGCUAUUGAAGAUAGAGCGGAAUCCACCUCAAUUGAUUUGGAACUCUCCUCUUCUCUCAUAUGCCGCUCCGAUAAAAAAAUACCGGUUGGUCGUGUUCAACCAAUGAUGAAGAGUGAAUGCACCGAUGGGGCUUUUUUCGCUCAACCAUCUCAGCAAAUCCCUCAGCAACAACAACCCCAUUUCUUACUUGCCCCACAGAUGCAGACUUCUGGCAAACCAUCGCCAACUAAAAAUUCAUGGGAUAAUAAUGUCAGUCUCUUCUUCCCUAAUAAUAUCCCACCUCCACAACCACCUCGCCCUCCCUUUUUCCCUCCUGGUUUCCAAGGCUACAUCGAAUCACAACAAAAUCAGCAAAGAGUUCAACAACAACAACAACAACACCAAGCUCUCUUGAACCUUUAUCAGCAAUCUCUAAUGCAACAAUUUAGUCUCCCCAGCACAGCCGCAUCCCAGCAGGUCUUCAAUGCUGGUGCUGCCUUUUCAGCCGCUGUUACUGCUGCUAAUUCUAAGACAGUUGAAGUCGUGCCUCCACAACAGACCACCCAGACUACUUCUUCAGCAUCAUUAGAUCGCUUUACUGCUUUUCUCCUUGCCGUAGUGGCAAAUUUUGUUGUAGGCGGUUCUGAUGUUAGCAAUGAAACUACUAAUAACAACCAACACCAUCGACUCUAG